GUACAUCAACUGCAACGAAGCCAAGCAGAAGAAGAUCGAAAGAGACAUUAACAAAAUUUUAAUCAACAGGAGCCUCUACUUCGUCGUCUGCAUCGAGAACGAAAACGAGUUAUACAUUUUGGAGUUCAUCCACUUCAUGGCGCAGCUUCUGGAUACCUUCUUUACCAACGUGUGCGAGCUGGACCUCCUGUUCAAUUUUCACUUUCUGUACUACUUCUUCGAUAACAUCAUCCUGGGGGGGUACAUCUACGAGGUCAACAAAAAUAUCAUUCUCGACAAAAUAAGUAAAAUAAAAAAAGUUAUAUG